AUGAGCCCGGUUUCCGCCCACGACUCCGGUUCUGCGAGCCCGAUCGCGGGCCCCGUCCCCUUCCCGCCGUUCCCCUCUUCUCCGCCGCCCGAGUACCGCCGUACGUGGAUCAAUCCCCCGACAUCCGCGGCUGCGUUUCCCGUACCUGUACCAUCCAGGCAAACUCCGCACGAGACCCAGAUCCAAAUUACUCCCAAGAGGCACUUGACGGACAAGAGCAAGGCUUCAGAGGUACUGCACAUCGACAUCUCGCCCAGUGCUAGUUACGUUGCCACCAAGCACAGCAACAAAAUCAUCAAGAUCUGGUCCAUCCCCAGGAACGCUCUGCACGGGACCAUCAAAAUCACGUCAUACGUGCAGCCCCGAGUGCGGUCCCGCGAGUACUUCAUCCGCAGCCACGCCAUCUUGUCCGAGAACUCCACCCUUAUCGGCAUCACCACCCACUUCGGCCUCACACUGGAGAUCUACAACUUUGCCAAGGGCGGGACCGGCGCAAAGAAAGUCCAGGUCAUCGAGGAAGCGCACCGCUGGGCAGCCAGCCAGCGGGACGCCUUCCACGACGACUACGCCGGGCUGGCCGUCUACCGCCCGAAGCUCGAUCGCAUCGACCGCUUUUUCCUCGUUCGGCACCCCAGCGCCAAGACGCCCUUCCGUGAAGAUCCCAACCACUCGAUCGAGCUGCUCAAAGCCGGCCUCCCCUUCCUCCCCAAAUUCCCCGAGCUCGCCUACAGCACCGACUCCCCCUUUCUCAUCGCAGCAGCCGGUCCGCGACCGGGCGACCCCCCACGACCCAACUCCACCAUCCUCAUCGCCUGGCAGGUGAAGCCCGUCUCCGACAGCAAGCUCAGUUCCCAAACACCCGACCUCCCGGACGAAGAGCGCCACAAGCCCUACCGCGUGUGCGUGCCCAACUACCCGGCUCUGCAGACCGCUCUGCCAGCGUGCCUCGCCUCGCACGGCAGCACGGCAGUCUCGAUCUGGAUCCCCGCCAGCACCCCGCCCACCCCCCCGUCCGCCCGGCUCCCGCCCCAGCCGCAGCGCCUGGUACUAACCUGGCACCUUCCGACCAACACGACGCGGCUGCUGGCGAUCCCGGCGGGGGCGCAGGCGUGCGUGUCGCCGGACUGCCGGCGGCUGGCGUACAGCGACGCGGCGGCGGGGCAGUUCGUGGUGGUGGACCUGGCGGCGGGGGCGGAGGUGUGGCGGUGGCCGGACGCGGCGCGGGCCGAGGGGUUCGCGUCGUUCGGGCAGCUGGAGAACCUGCGGGGCGUCACGGUGUUUGAGUUCUCCAGCGACGGCGGGAUGCUGGUUGUCGGGGAUGUGCAUGGCGCCGUGGGGGUGUAUGAGAUUGGGGAGGUCGGCGGCAGGGUGGAGUUGGGCGUUGGGACGGAGGUGGCGUGGGCGGAUGUUCUGGAGCAGAGGGCGGGCUUUAUUUGAGAGGGAGGGGGAUGGCGGGCGAGGAGGGGGAGGGAAAGGUAUGGGAAGGAAGGUUCGGGGUGUUGUUGCGUUGUUCAAGGGGGUUUGUCAUGGCGUGGCUGAGCAAGUGUUUGGCUUUUUGUUCCUGUUUAUUUGAUGGGGCGCUCUGUAUGCACGUUGGCUUCAGUUCCCUGACUGAAGUUGCCCUUCCGAUGCAGAAUUCAGAUGCUGCCUGUUCAUCUGCUCGUAUUAUCC